AUGGGGUAAUUGGUGACAAAAACAUAUUUUGAAGUUUAUUGCGAUGUGGUGCUUGGCUCAGAAUAUUUCAACAUUUGUAAUUUUUUUGUGUUUUCAUGUAUUUUCCUAAAUGUGUGUUCAUGAUUAGAGUAGAUUAGAUGAGAUUUUUAUUUAGACACAUGCACUGGGUCACAGAUGUAGUUGCAGUACAGUGGCUUGCGAAAGUAUUCACCCCCCUUGGCAUUUUUCCUAUUUUGUUGCCUUACAACCUGGAAUUAAAAUGAAUUUUGGGGGGCGUUGUAUCAUUUGAUUUACACAACAUGCCUACCACUUUGAAGAUGUAAAAUAUUUUUUAUUGUGAAACAAGCAAGAAAUAAGACAAAAAAACAGGAAACUUGAGCGUGCAUAACUAUUCACCCCCCCAAAGUCAAUACUUUGUAGAGCCACCUUUUGCAGCAAUUACAGCUGCAAGUCUCUUGGGGUAUGUCUCUAUAAACUUGGCACAUCUAGCCAUUGGGAUUUUUGCCCAUUCUUCAAGGCAAAACUGCACCAGCUCCUUCAAGUUGGAUGGGUUCCGCUGGUGUACAGCAAUCUUUAAGUCAUACCACAGAUUCUCAAUUGGAUUGUGUAUGUCCAUUACAUGAAAUCUAAAUUAAAAUCAAUUUAAAUUACAGGUUGUAAUGCAACAAAAUAGGAAAAACGCCAAGGGGGAUGAAUACUUUUGCAAGGCACUGUACAGUGAAAUACUUAAGCUCCGAGCUCCAACAGUGCAGGUGUGAAGAAAAAGUAGAAAUCUGACAUGUUUUGUAGGAGCUCGAAGCGAGGCGCCAUCCGUUGGCGCCAUCUUAGCCCUACCAUACACUGGUAUAAUUUCUGUGCUUCUGCUCAUACCUGACCUGCCCACUUAAGCCACCUCAGUCAUUUGUUACAACUGAAUCUUAUUCCAGAAGUUAAGAGUUUGUCCCAGACUCCCAGUGCUCUGUUGGACAAUGGAGUGGAUGGAUUUUUACCCAGUAAUAUGGCUGCAGGCUGUGUACUGUAUUGAGCUGAGUGUCAUUUUGGUAGUAGGACAGCAUGUAAUGUUGUGAUCAUUAUUGACCCCUAACCUCAUUGUGUUUCCUCCCAGGUGUUCCAGACAGGAGGCCUGUGAGAAGUGGGCCGAGCCGCAGCAUUUUAACACAGAGCUGGAUCACUGUGUGGACAUUAGUGUCACACCUAACAACAUGUCUGUGACCUCUACUUCCACUCAGGUAAUUACAGGUUGUAAAAAAAACAACAACAAAAAAACACUGUUAACACCAGAGAAAAACACGACGCUAGCUAAUCACAACAUUACCAAUAUGAAGUUGGCUUAUUAAGCUGUCAUUAAAGAUUUCUGGUAUUAGUAUAACCUUCACUGGGAUGCAAGGAUACGCACAGGGAUAACUCCACCUGUCACCUAAUAUGCUUCUCUCCCUCCCUCCCUCCCUCUCUCACUCCCUCUCUCUCUCCCUCCCACGCCCCUCCCCCUCUCUCUCCCACGCCCCUCCCCCCUCUCUCUCCCUCUCCCCUCUCCUCCCUCCAGCUGAGUGUGAAAGUGGUCAACGUGCCCAGCCUGUCAGCCGGGGUGACGUGUGUGUUUGAGGAAUUGACAGAGAGCCCAGGGGAGGUGCUGGCCAAGGGGCAGAUCCUCUGUAUGUCCCCCUCCCUCAAAGAUGUCCCCUCCCUCACACAGGGAUACGGUAAAGCUUCUAUCAGAUACCACUAUAAAUCUAUAGUAAUAAUAAUACGAAUAUAUGCCAUUUAGCAGAUGCUUUUAUCCAAUGCGACUUACAGUCAUGCGUCCAUACAUUUUACAUACGGGUGGUCCCGGGAAUCGAACCCACUAACCUGGCAUUGCAAGCGCCAUGCUCUAGCAACUGAGAUACAGAGGACCACGUUCAAAGGUUGUCCAUUGAAUAAUAAUGUUUUUAUUUUCUGAUUAUCAUAUUUAUCACUAUAACCAUACUUUUUUUUGUAUGAUAUUAUCUAUAUAUUUUCAUACACUUCAGUGGGUUGUAUCAUAUCUGCUUGUUGUGCAGACUGCUGUAAUGUGUCUGACGUAUACAGUGUUUUAGUUUUUCUGAGCCAUGUGGACAUGGGCCUUAAUGUGUUUUCGAUUUUUUGGGGGAAAACAACUGAAUGCUCUUACUAGAUGGACUGAUGGGAACCUGAAAAGUGCAGUAGCUCGUGUUUUGUUCCAUUAAUGGCAAUUAUUUAAAGUCCACUGGAAAUGCUUAGCCAAUUAUCUUGAAGUCAGGCCUACAGGUAUAAUUGGACUAGUUGAGAUGCAGCCUUUACUUCAAAUGAAAUAGUACAUCUGUUCGCAGGGUUCCUGUUUUGGACCGUAAGUGCACUUCUCUUGGUAAUGGAAAUGGUAGAUAAAAGGCAGGAGCAAUCAGACAUUUUUAUCAAAUCUACAUUAUUGAAUUUGCUUAGAAAGAAGAUUAUUUUCCUGGGGUAUGGGACCUCGGAUGGACGGAUAAUUGUUUGGGAGCUUCUAGGCUGUUUGGCUUACUGUGGUUCUUCUGUCAUUUCAGGUGACAAGCGAGUGGUCAAGUUCUUCCUGAAGUCCAAGGAGACAGGGCACAAGUUCAUCACCACUGACUUCGUCUUCUACAACUGCAGCGUGCUCCAGUCGUAA